AUGUCGUUUCGCGCUGCACUGCAUACCGCUCUGCUCGCGUUAGUGCUGGCAUCGCUGCUUCAAGCACAGGUUUUCAACGUCCCCGUGUCGGAAUGGGGACCUGAGGAUGAGAUCGGCGCUGCCAACCGGCUCACGCCGCAGAAAGUGCUGGAUGCCUCUAAGCUCAUCACCACCGGCAAAACCUACCGACUCGGUAUCCCGAUUGAUAGCUCGACACCGGCGUUCCCACCGCGGUCAAUGACCAUUACAAUCGUGAUGCCUAAUCAAGAGGGGGGCGAGACCCUCAGCGAAAGCCUGGGGAGCUACGUCGACGACCUCUAUAACGGCUGGCUCGGCAUUGGCACGCAGCUCGACAGCCUUGCUCAUUUCGGCUUCAACCGCACGUUCUACAACCGUCGCGAGGCAAGGGACUUCGUCGAGGUCACUGGCGUUACGAAAAUGGGUAUUGAGAAGAUUCCACCUAUUGUCACGCGUGGCGUGUUGCUCGACAUGGCCAAGCAAAAAGGCAAGACGCAGUUGGUUGAGGGUGAAAUUAUCAGCAGUGAUGAUAUCGAGGCCGCACAGCAGGCCCAGGGCGUCAAGAUCGAGGAAGGAGAUGUGGUGGUAUUGCACACCGGCUGGCUACCGAUGCUCUACACAAACGGGACGCGCUUCGCCACGGGAUGGCCCGGCAUUGAUGUCGGCGCGGCCGAGUACCUGGCGGGCCUUAAAGUCGUCGCUGUCGGUGCCGACACCAUGGGCGUGGAGGUCGCGCCGCCGCCCAAUAUCACACGUCUUUUUGAAAGCCACCAGGUGCUGCUGACCGCCAACGGCAUUUACAUCCUGGAGACCCUCGAUACCCGUGAGCUGAUCAAGGACGGCGUCAAGGAGUUUCUGUUCGUCCUCGGCCAGCCUUUGAUUACUGGCACCGUCCAAGCCAUCAUCAAUCCCGUGGCCAUUUGUUAG